CUUUCUCGCUUUCUCGCUUUCUCGCUUUCUCGCUUUCUCGCUUUCUCGCUUUCUCGCUUUCUCGCUUUCUCUCUUUCUCUCUCUCUCCCUCAAUCUCUUCGACAGGCCUACGUCAGUACAAAAAACCCUGUCUUCCUUCUUCUUGCCUUUUGCUGAAUAGAACUUUUCGCUCAUUGCCUGCCCUCCUAAUCCAAGAACCACCCAACAUGGACACGGAGCACUCAAACAAGCCGCCACCACUGCCCUCAAAGCUGCGUUGGAGACCCUAUGCCAACGGCAGUAGCAAGAAGAACAGCAAAAAGAGGGAGGAAGCCCGUCUCUCCAAAACUCAUCCCCAGGGACCCAACCCCAAAGCAACCGCCCACAAGAUAAAGGGCCCGCACCAGUACUACACCGGCAGGAUCAACACCGCCCCCGUUGGCAUCAAACUCCAGUGGGAAGAGGCAGAGACCAUCGAAUCUAUGAGCCAUGGCGGACACCCACACGACCACCACAACCCACAACUCUCGCGGGACUCUUCCCCGAGCGCCGACUCAGUCUUCUCCUCCUCCUCCUCCAAGACAAGAAGCACCGGCAACAACCCCACCUUAGCAAGCGACUCCAAUUCCAACACCAGUAACAACCCGUUCGCGAAUGCCAUGCAGCGCGCCAUGGCCUCCCUUCCUUCGCCCCCUCCACAAAAACUGCAAUACACCAGGCUGGACCUGGUUGGGGGACAAUCUGACCUGACCCAAUACAGGGCCUCGAUCUCAGGACUGACCACCAACGGUAUCAUCCAGAACGGCAUGCCUAUUAAUGGACUAGCAUCCAACAAUGCCUAUCAGGUCGCGUUGAAUGCGUUGCUCCUGAGCCAGAGUCAGAACGCCAAGACCAACCAAAAUUUUCACACGUCAGCCCUUAUUGCAACCAACAGUUCAAAUAUCAACACCAAUGCACCUCUGGCAAACACCAACAACGCCGCCGCUACCGCCCCAGUUGCUCCCUCUCCCGCCGCAGCCUCCGCUCUUCUGGGCUCCUCAAACAUCAACGCGUUUCUUUCUGACCCCAACCGUGUGUUAUCGAACGAGGAGUUACUCGGCGUCGCCAGUAUCGACGAAUUGUUAUCAACGUGCGGAUACCAAGGCAACAAUAGCAAUGUCAUCCGCAACCAGUCGGCUCAGAUGCUGGCUUCGCCCGCCAACACGGAUCAAUCGUACCAGGCUUCGCCCAUGAAUGGAUUGGUUGACUUUAACAACCUUGGAAAUGUCUCGCGAGCAGCCUCUCCAGUCGCGGGAUCGUUCUCACCAAUGGCCUUGAACAGUAAUGCUUUUGAGGCUCUUCUGGCACAGCCUAUGAUACCUCAACAGCCAUCUCAGCAACAACAGCAACAUGCAAUGGGCACGCCUCACGGACUCGUGAAUAACAAUGCCCCGGUAACAAACGACCCGUAUAGCAAUCUUAUGCAGGACCUUUCGUCUCCUUUCGGAUAUCUUUCAUCGAGUACAGGUUCAACUUCGAUCAGUAUGCCUACCGCAUGGCCAUCACUCUUCCCUUCAGACGACCAGAACGGAGUUUUGAACUCGUCAACAACCACAGUGACAGCCGUACCCCAAUAUCAGCCCAAGCCUGCACCUCAACGAAGCGAAAUUGCAACACAAACGGACGGACCAUACGAGCCCCCUCUAUCGCCAAUGUCUGCACAGGCUUCGUCUGCGGGAUCACAGCAAAGCUCGCCCUUUUCGGCCUUGGGUCUGACGUCGGAAGAACAAUUGGAUCCAGACUGGCUCAAUUUCUUGGACGAGGCAUCGCCACUGUUCAACGAAGUUGAUAUGCCCUCGCCACCUGCGUCUGACAAUGAGUUUAUGGCUAAUAGGUUUAUGACAGACCCAGUGCCUAGCGCUAAGACUACUCAAAGAGACCGGACCAUGUGGAACUGGGCCGAAGACCUGCUCAAGCCUAAGCCCAUGACUCCAACUGGCAACCGCGGUUUCCCGAUGUCGACUCCGACAAUGACUAGCAUUCCCAACGGCACAAUGGGAAACAGUGGUGGACUCAUCAAAACGUUACAAGGAACAAAUCAGACAAAGACGAAGGACAUGGGCAGGGAGGACGCAAGGAAGAAGGCAGAGGAGGAUAGCAAGAAGUCCAACAAGUCUGGUCAUCUUAUGGACAGCAAGGAAUCUGUGGAGAUCAUCGAGCCAAAGAUGGAGGGUUUUGGACGACUGAUAGCCAUUAUGAAGGCGCUUUGGAUUGGAGGCGAAAGCAAGUAGUACCUUCACUUUUCUGGUUCACACUUUUUUGUUUAUAUAGACAGGUCUUCCUUUUCUUUGUGCGCUGUAGUCUGUCUUUUUCGUCUCAUCCUUCUCUUGUCAUCCUGUACAUAUCCCCUGCUUGUCCUUCCCAUUUUAACGAAACAGUAUUUAAUGACAGCAACGAUAUAUCAUGAAUUAUACCACACUAUUGAAAGCUCA